AUGUUCGCCAAAGUGAUCUUUGUUGCCCUCCUGGCCGUCGUUGCGACCUCCGCGAAGCCCCUUCUUCCGCUGGCAUACACGGCCGCCGCUGCCCCUGUUGUAGCCGCUCCUGCUGUAUCUGUGGCGUCGCCGUACCUUGCCUCCUAUGCUGCUCCUUACACCGCGGCCUACACUGCCCCAUACGCCGCUGCUUACACCGCCUCCCCGUACGCUGCCGCCUACAGUGCCCUGCCGUACACGGCUGCCCUGCCCUACAGCGCACCCUACACUUCGCUCGUGCUGUAA